AUGGAGCAAAGGGACUCACCAACCACCGACAAGGUCAUGACUGCCGACUCUGUCGAGAAGACCUCCAGUGGUGGAGGAGAAGAGGCGCCCCAGCAUGACCUCGGCACCCUCCGUGACCAUUGGAAGUGCCUUGCAGCCUGCACGAUGGUGUCGAUGUGCCCCUUCCAAUACGGCAUUGAUUUUGGCUUGAUCGGAGGUCUGCAGGCUAUGCCUGGCUUCCUCGAGGUCUUUGGUCACCGAGCUCCCGAGACUCCGCUGGGAUGGAACAUCUCGCCUGGCCGACAGCAGCUGAUUUCGUCGCUGAUGACGCUCGGUGCCUUCCUCAGCUCGGCCUGCGCCGGUCCGAUUGCCACUGUCCUCAGCCGGAGGCAGACCAUCUGGGCUGCGAGCCUCCUCUGCUGCGUGUCCAAUGUCAUCAUGAUGGCCACGACCAACAUUGGCGGUCUCUAUGCCGGGAGACUGCUCAUCGGUCUGGCCAAUGGCUUGUUCAUGACCUUCGCUCAGCUAUACAUCCAGGCAAGACUUUCAUUCCCUUGGCCCAAGGCAUGCCCUUCGAGACUCUAA